UAUCCACUUCCGUGUUCGUCUCCAGGGACAAGUUCGUGCCUACUGCCAGUCGUCUGCGAUCAACAUGUCUGAGAAAAAAACGUUCGAGCGAUUGCCUAAAAAUGUGGUGCCCAAGAACUACAGUCUGCGGUUGCAACCCGACCUAAAGGCUUUCACGUUCGCCGGCAAUGAAGUAGUUACCAUUGAGGUUACAGAAGCAACCAAUAAAAUUGUUAUGAAUUGCCUCGAUAUUGUAAUCUCCAUGGCAUCGUACACUGCAGCUGACAAAAGCUUAACACCAACUAUCACUUACAACAAGGAAGAAGAGACGACUACUUUAACAUUCCCAGAGGCACUUAGUGUUGGCACUGGUGAUUUGACUCUGGAGUUUACCGGAGAGUUAAAUAAUAAAAUGAAAGGUUUCUAUCGUAGUAAAUAUAAAGCACCAAAUGGAGAGGAAAGAUACCUUGCUUGCACUCAGUUUGAGGCCACUGAUGCCCGCCGUGCAUUUCCUUGUUGGGAUGAGCCAGCUGUGAAAGCUACAUUUGAAAUAACAUUGGUGGCACCUAAAGACAGGAUCGCUCUCUCAAAUAUGCAAGUAACAGAGAAGAAACCAUGCGAAAAAGACGCAGACUUGGUGGAAGUGAAAUAUGGCAAAACACCAAUCAUGUCAACAUAUCUUUUAGCGUUUAUUGUUGGCGAGUUUGAUUAUGUUGAAGCUACUUCAUCAGAUGGUGUUCUUGUCAGAGUGUACACGCCAUUAGGAAAGAAGGAACAAGGAGAUUUUGCUUUAGAGGUGGCUGUAAAGACUCUGCCAUUCUACAAAGAUUACUUUGACAUCGCGUAUCCUCUGCCAAAGAUUGAUCUGAUAGCUAUUCCAGAUUUUGCUGCUGGAGCAAUGGAAAACUGGGGUUUGGUUACGUACAGAGAAACAGCUUUACUGGUGGAUCCUAAGAACUCAUCAGCCUCAGCCAAACAAUGGGUGGCAUUGGUUGUUGGUCAUGAGUUAGCUCAUCAAUGGUUUGGUAAUCUUGUAACCAUGGAAUGGUGGACCCAUCUCUGGUUGAAUGAAGGCUUUGCUUCCUGGAUUGAGUAUCUGUGUGUUGAUUUCUGUUUUAAAGAUUAUGACAUAUGGACUCAGUUUGUGACUUCUGAUUAUACCAGAGCCUUGGAGCUGGAUGCAUUGAAGAACAGUCACCCUAUUGAGGUUGCUGUCGGUCAUCCAUCCGAAGUAGACGAAAUAUUCGAUUUAAUAUCUUACAGUAAAGGAGCUUCUGUGAUUCGAAUGUUACACGACUAUAUCGGUGAUGAGGAUUUCAAGAAUGGGAUGAAUCACUACCUAUCUAAGCAUCAAUAUAAGAAUACAUUCACUGAAGACCUGUGGGAAUCGCUUGGAAAAGCGAGUGGUAAACCAGUGAAUGAUGUCAUGUCGACAUGGACCAAGCAGAUGGGUUUCCCUGUUAUAAAAGUUACAGCUGAACAGAAAGGAAACAACAGAGAGUUGACAUUGACGCAAAGAAAAUUCUGUGCUGAUGGGAGUGCUGGAGGUGAUUCCCUGUGGAUGGUUCCAAUCUCCAUCAGUACGAGUGCAGAUCCUAAUAAAGCCGCUGUCAAAAUAAUGUUAGACAAACCAUCAACUACAGUUACCAUUGAAAAUGUAUCCGCAGACCAAUGGAUUAAGUUGAACCCAGGAACUGUCGGUUUCUACCGAACACAGUAUACACCAGAGAUGUUGGAUUUGUUACUGCCGUCUAUUAAGGACCAAUCAUUGCCACCAAGAGACAGACUAGGACUCAUAAAUGACAUGUUUGCAUUGGCUAAAGCAGGGGAAGUGAGCACAGUUGAAGUUCUACGUUUAAUAGACGCAUACAAGAAUGAAACCAACUACACUGUGUGGAAUGACAUAUGCAGCACUUUGGGAAGUCUUUCUGCCCUGUUACUACAUACUGAUUAUCAUGAUAAUCUGAAAGCGUUCGGCAGAAAUCUCCUAUCUCCCAUUGCUGAUAAACUGGGAUGGGAGGCUGCAGAAGGAGAAGGUCACCUGGACUCCUUGUUGAGAAGUAUGGUGCUACUCCGGCUGGGUCGUUUCAGCCAUACAGACACAGUAUCAAAAGCUAAAGUUAAGUUUAAUGACCAUACAUGUGGAAAAGAAACCAUUCCAGCAGAUCUUAGAGGCUCGGUAUAUCACUCUGUAUUGGCCCACGCUGAUGAAGAAACAUUUAAGGCAGUAUUGAAAUUUUUCCGUGAACAAGAACUGCAUGAAGAAAAAGAGCGAAUCAUGAGAGCCCUUGGUGCUGUGAAAGAGCCUGCACUCAUUAAACAAGUACUGGAUUUCUCACUUAGUGACGAGGUUCGGUCACAAGACACGGUGUUUGUUCUCACAGGGGUGGUCGGUUCCAAGGACGGGCUAGAAAUGGCGUGGAAAUUUUUACAAGAGAAAUGGGAUGUGCUUCAUCGCCGUUAUGAAGGAGGGUUUUUAUUAUCCCGACUUGUCAAGAACUGCACAGAAGGAUUUGCAACUGAAGACAAAGCUAAGGAAGUAGAGACAUUCUUUGCGGCUCACUCUGCACCUGCUGCUGAGCGUACUAUUCAGUCAUUGGAAAACAUACGCCUAAACAAAAAGUGGUUAGAACACUCUGACAAGAUCAAGGAAUUCCUUAGUGGUAGUUCUUAAAACAAGCCCCUGUGAAUUAUAUCUGCACCCCUCACUUGUUAAUGGUUUAGUCAGUAUUUUUUCUGAUCCUAGUGUUAUAAUUGGAUUCCUCCAUUAUUUUUAGGGAUGACUGGAAUUACUUUCAGUGUUACAUCUACAAUACUUGGCGAGAUUUAUAAGUCUAAAAAUCGUACAUAAUUUUUUUUUUCAUUUUACAAUGCGAUGUGAAUCAACUGGCUUGUGAAAAUUGGAAAAUAAGUUUGCAGAAUAAUAAAAAAAACUGGAUACAAUAGUCUAUUCAAAAAGUUCAAUACUAAAGAAUGUUCAUAUAUCAAAUUAAUUUUCAUUUUCAGCUGCUAUGCCUUGAAUUGCAUACAAUGCCCAGAUGAAAUAAAACUGCUAAAUAUUACAGGACAUGUGGAUUUAUAUAUGUAUUAAUUUGAAGACUUGUAUAAAUCUAUUUUUUUCCCACCAUCUCCACCACAAAAUUUGUGUACUUUAAAGUAAAGUAAAAGGAUUAAUUAAAUUACUCAAUUUCGUACUUGCAUAAAUGACGGAAUGAAUCGUUUUCCUGAUUAUCAAUUAAUUUUCCAAAAUUAGUCUGCUGACUGUGUUUGUCAAUUUUUCUCUAGUCAGUAGUUGUAUUCAGAUUAUGAGUUGCCUCGUAUAGUUGUAAUAAAAUUAGAAUUUCAUGAGUUGACAAGUUAGUUGCCCUUCCUGUACUGCAAUAGUUAUAUACAUAAUAGCCUGUACGUUACAGUUGGCUUCAAAACACUACUACAAUUGUAACUUGUCAUUGUGACAGCCAAUUGACACAAAGAUUUAAGGGAUCAAUGAGUGUUCAACUUUAUUCAUUGACAAAUUUAAUUAAAGUGCGCCCUCUGAGGUGGAAAUGAGAGAAAUCUUGUUGUUUUUCCCAAGAUACUGAUGUACAAAUCAAAGGUUAUUGUGGUCAUUCUUCAGCAAACGGCAAACUGUAUAAUGUAUAUAAAAGAACAUGAAUACAUAAAUUUAUUUGACCAGAAACAGUU